CGCCGCCGCCUGCGGUCUCCCAGGCCCGAACCAGCCCACCGCCCGCCGCCCGCCGCCCGCGCCCGCGCCCGAGCCCCGCCGCGCGCCCGAGCCCUCCCCGCGCGCCCAGGCCCCCGCCGGCGCCACUCGGGUCCCCGCGCCGCAGCCGCGCGCGCAGAUGGCGCACUCGGCGGCCGCGGUGCCGCUGGGCGCGCUGGAGCAGGGCUGCCCCAUCCGCGUGGAGCACGACCGCCGGCGCCGCCAGUUCACCGUCCGGCUCAACGGAUGUCAUGACCGGGCCGUCCUGCUCUAUGAGUACGUGGGCAAGCGGAUCGUGGACCUGCAGCACACCGAGGUCCCAGAUGCCUACCGUGGGCGCGGCAUUGCCAAGCACCUCGCCAAGGCUGCCCUGGACUUCGUGGUGGAGGAGGACCUGAAGGCCCAUCUCACCUGCUGGUACAUCCAGAAGUACGUCAAGGAGAACCCCCUGCCGCAGUACCUGGAGCGCCUGCAGCCGUAACCCCGGCCCGCGGGCGGGAGCGCUCCCUGCCGGACCCUUCCACGGGCCCUCGCCUGGCCCCGCGUGCUCUCAGGAACCUGCUCCCACUGGGAACAGACUCAGAGUUAUUUUUGUAAGGACACUCAUCUGUGCCCCACAUCCAGAUUUCUGGAGGCGGCUGACCAAUGAUGGGCAGUGACCCGGUCACCAAGGCGGAGAGGAGGCCGGGUGGUCCCCGCUGCUCCCACUCUGCAGAGACCAGCAGCUUCUCGGGAAGCCUGCGGGGAGCAUGCGGGGGCUAGGGCCAGCCUGCAUCCCGCCCGCCAGGCUCCACUCAGAGAUCAGGAGGCCCAGGGCGGGACCCCUGCUGCCACCUCUCCUGGGCCUGUGUUCUUUCUGGAAAUUGCAAGGGUGUGCCCCAGAGUCAAGAGGAGCAAUAAGAAACCUCGUGUGCCAGCUUCUGAGGGUGGCAAUGCCAGACCCCGCCUGCCACCAGCGCUGCCCUCGUCCCUAUCUCAGACCCCAGGCCCGGUGCAGGCAGGGCCCCAGAAAGGGGCGGCUCUCCCUGUCAGAGACCAGGAGAGUAAAGGCUGAGCACUGGGCCAGGCUCAGCCACAUGUGCGAUUCACACCUGUGAACACACACACGCAUAGGAUGCAGCUGUGGGCGGGCCGGUGGCGCGUGCCGUGGGUGCUUUCCUCUCCUUGGUACCCCCAUAUAUCUUUUUGGCCUCUUGUGUGUAGGUUCUGCAGGAUACCGAGGCCCCGUCCCCAUGGGCUGCUGUCCCCUGUACCCCUGUCGUCUGGGAGCAGCUCUAAGGGGCCUGAGCAACUGCAGUCCUGCCCCUUGCUGGCCUUGGCCACCUGCCUGGGCCUUCUCCAAGGAGAUGCCUUGGAGCUGGGGGUGGGAGAGAGGCGAACUGUUCUCCAGAAACCACCCUCAGCGUCAAAGAGGAAGAAGCAUACCAGCCGCAGGGACUUCUGUGCGCUGCCAGUCAUCGGUGUCCUUUCGUGGCUGCGCAUAGCCAGGCACAAUCACUGCCCACCGGCCCAGGCUCCUCCCCAACCCAGCCUUCCUGGGUGCAGCCUGGGAGACACCAGCACGCUUUGGUGGGACCAGCUCUCUGGGACACACUGGCUUCCCCUGGGGCUGGCUCAGGUCCUGCCCUCUUGUGUCAGCUUUAACAAGGGUCACAUUCAUCCCUGUUCCUCUGUGGGGCUAGAGGGCCACCCUGUAGCCAGGGGCCCUUUAGGGCCAAGACAUUUGUCAGUUAACACUACAUCCCUUGGGAGUGAUGCAUCCCCACCAGGCUUCUGGUGGUGUCAGGCUGGGCUCUGGGCAGUACAGGGAGAGGUUGAUCAGGACCCCAGGACCCUGAUGCCUUCCUCCUCCCUCAUUCAGGGGCGCUGGUUGCCAUGGUGACUUCUCCCUUUGACUCCAUGCGCAGGCGCUGGCUGCUCUGUGGUUGCAUUUUCCAUUCACCUCCUUGCUACUCCCAGUCUUGGCACUGAGACACCUCGCGUUCCUUCUCCAGCCACAGCAGCUCAGGCCUUCCUGCCAGGCCACAGGACCAUGGAAAUCUGCAUGUGCUCCCUGCCGGUGGGGGUCCCCGAGCCCAAGUCUCCUUAAAACCCCUGCUGUGAGUCACAGUGGGGACCAGUAGGGGUCACCAUCCUGAGCAGCCCCCCCAUCCCUGCCCCUUGCCCUUUGGCACAUGCUCCCGCCCUGACCUCCAGGAAGUCAGCUCCGUUUGCAAAGGGCUUGUGUGACAGGUCGGAGAAGGCCCUGGGCCUCCAGGGAGACACAGCUGGCAGGAGGCGGGCUCAGCUGCUCCCAGUCCCCUCCAAGGCUGGGGUGGCCCGUUGCUGGCAGAGUGUAAGGAAAGAGCAGAGGAUGGGCAGCCAGGCCUGGGCCUUCCCCUUACUGUCCCGGGGCAGCUGGGCUGGGGGCUGCCUUUCCCCUCCCUAAGGUCACCCCCUUUCCAUCUGCACGUCCCUCCCCAAGUUCAAGCACAUACUCCAUCAUGACCAUGGAGGGGCUCGGUGAGCUGGGGCUGUCCCUGUGGCCUCCAGGCCAUCCACAGGCGGGUUCCCUGCAGUGGCGGCACAGGGAGCCCUCACAGGAGGCCCUGAGGGCAGCGUGGAUGUUGAGGACCAGGAGGGAAUGGGCCUGGCCCACCCUGUUCCUGCUCCAACUGGAUUCCUCCCCCAUGUUCAAGCAGGUGACUCCAUCUAUCCCGCCCACAACACGCUUAUACUCGAACCAGGAGGCGUGGGACUGUGGAGGCCUGCCCAGGCCGUGCGCCCGGGGACAGAGGCCAGGGCUUUCUGAGGAGACCUGAUCCAAGCUCCCGCAGUUAGGACCUGAGCCGCCUCGCCUUGGGCUGCCUUAAAGCACUGCUGACACCCCGGGGGUUUCACGGGGCCUGACCCAGGGUCUUCAGCAGAGCAAUAACCACAUCUCCCCAGGUUGGGUCGCCACAGACACCCUGCCCCGGAGCCCCCAGCCCAUCCUGUCUGGUGCUACACUGCCUGACAGCCCAGCCUCACCCCUCCCCGUCCUGGGUCACCUGGGAGUCCUUGGUGAGGACGCCGCCACGUGGGGCCGGUUUAUGCAGCUGGGUGAGAACCAGGGCGGGGCGGGGGAUGCUCGGGGGCCCUGAGGUCUCCCACAGAGCUGCUCUCCUGCCCGCCGCACCCUGUGGGGUUCUCUUUCUUGCCAGGUCAAAAUGGGCAGUGACUUGUGCCUUCCCUCCUCAGGCCCGUGGUGGGGUGUGGGCCCAGCUUGUUCCUGGACCGCCCCCUUCCUCACUGCAAGCUCCUCCAUGGGUCUCAAAGGAACGUUUCUGUAAAAGGUGUGGCCUGGCGUGCAGUGCUGUCCCCGAACUGUCGCUCCCCGCAAAGCAACCUGCUGCUCGGCCCUGGCCUUAAACCGGUGGGGAGAGGGAGGCAGACUUCCCUGCCUGGUGUCUGGCGGUUUCUCAGUUGGUCCUCAGCACAGCCUUCAGUGUGGAGGGUGAUACCCUGAGUGGCACUGGGGCUCGGCUGAGGUCCUCCCACAGGAUAACGGGGACCCCAGGCCCCACACCACAGUUCCCAACCACCUCCAGGUGUAAAAUGCGCCCCAAGACCGCAGCAUGGCUUUGUGGGAUUUCCUAGGAAUGGGCAGUGAUGCCACCUGCAGCCUUUGGGAUUCCUGGUCCAGUGCAGGGAGGUGAGGCCCAGCCUCGUGCUGACACAUGCCCUUCGGGGAAAGCUGUGGCCAAUAUUUCUAAAACAAGUGAAAAUCUUGCACCGUGCCCAGGGCCACAUCUCAUUCUGUCCCAGCUCCCAAGGGAGGGAACAGCCCGUCGGAGGACAGCUUCUCAGUUCCCACUUGGGGUUACGUGGCUGCCCGGAAGGAAGGAAAUGGCCAGGCCUGUUGCAGUCGUACUCCACUUCAUCUUCACGGCAGCCCCGAGACAUGCCCAUUAUUAGGCCCAUUGGACGGAUGGGACCGAGGCUCAGAGUUGGGUCACAGGCCAAAGCCCACGCUGAUCCAAGGUCCAGCCCAGCUCCGGUCCUCCUGGUGGCGUGCAGCUUGUGUGAUAAGGGUUCUCAUGUCUGCCUGCGGUGACAGAUGGCCUCGAAAGCAAUAAACAAAACUUCCAGCAACUUCGACACUCAGCUUCCUGGUUGCAGCAGGUCCUGCCUCAAGCCCUAAGCCGAGCAGCUGGUCAGGAGUGCCGGGCUGGUGGGGAGAUGGCUGAAUCACCUGCGAAGCCGGGGUCGUAAGCGGGAAUAUUCGUGGAGCCCCUGACCGUAUACUCAAGCCGCUCUUCCUCAGUUCAGGGUUCUUGGAUUUGCUCAAGUCCACCCAAAUAUCCUUUUACGAUUCUCAGGGUCCCACUCCUUCCAGAUCAAAUGCCCUAAACGUUACGUAAGAGUUCCGGCAAGGCUGUGAAUUCCACUUGCAUGGUAACUGCGACCUGCAGGGUCGGAUUUAGGGUUUGUUUUCAGUUGUAUUGGUCUUAGAGCUACACGAUAUUAAAGAGAUUUUUCUGGUUAUCAAA